UCCAAUUCUAAUUGUUACCAAGAACUGGUUGGUGCGGUCAGCAGUCAUAGACGUUUGUGGAAUUUUCAACGAUACAAAUUUUUUAUGCGAUUCCACAGUUCUGUGACUUUCGUAAUGUUGGUCGCAAACCACUGCCCCCCCCCCUCCCCUAAUGCAAAGACUUGUUUCAAACAAGCAAGUUUCACGUGACAAAUAUGGUCAAAACUGAACUACAAAACCCCACAAAAUAAAGACAAUAUUUAUACCUAAAUGACCAUUCCUAUCAUCUGCAGUUUUCUUCCCUCCUUGCAGUAUAUAAGCUACCCCAGCGAGGACCGCACAGCCUCCUAUAGCUGCCAUAACCUUGCUUUCCAUUUUCCAUCCACAAAUGAAAUCCACAAAUUUCAACCAUUUACCGAUCACGUGUGUUGAUGGCGCGCGAAUAUCUUGAAAGCCUGGACACUAACCGCGUCUGGCGGUACUUUUAGGUCAGUGGCGUGUACCAUUAGGCUUUUUCCAAGAUGGCGGACGAAAAAGAAGAUAAAAAUUCUAAAAAUGUUAAAAAAGACGUUUAUAUACCACAAACUCAGCAUGAUGUGCAACGAAGGAAGAUAGAAAAACUUAUGAGCAACCCAGUGGGUGUUUUUUUACCCUUAUUUAUUUAUUAUAGGCAUUUCGGAAGCCUUUAAUAUCGAACAUUUGGCAUUUUAAUAGGCAGCCUUUAAAUAUCGUCUUACCUCACGUAGACUAAAUGUGCGUUUUAUAAUGUGUGUUCAGGACAAACCAGUGGUAAUUCCCGGGCAAAAGAAAGAAUGGAAACCUUCUGAUCCAAAGGACUUUGUUAGAUUUGUUAUGGGUAAGGUUUCACUAAACACUGAUCUCAUAUUUGACCGGAUGGAGCUAUGGUAUCACCUGAUCUCAAUAUAAACAGAAGGUCGACUUUAUGGUUUUGCCAAUGAUUUUGGUGUAACCGUUGCAAUGCUGUUGCCAUGGUCCUAGCCAUUGUGCUUAUGAGAGAUAUUCACCCCCUGAAACUAUCCAAAAUGGCAGAUGUUCAGGGGGGCGAAUGCCUCCCGUAAGUACACUGGUUGGGAGCAUGGCGAGCGUAUUUUGAUGAUGAAUCAUUGAGACUCAUGGGGUGGCAGCGGUUACACUUUUUUGAUGAUUUGACCAUCUGGAAGGUUUGUACAGUAUUGUGUGGGUACAUAGAGAAAUCCAAAAUCUGUCUGUUAUAUCACAGGUUCCAGCGCAGGUGCGGGAAGUGGAGAAUUUCAUGUGUAUCGAGCAACAAGAAGACGGGAAAACAACAGAUUGAAGUAUAUUGAUGACAAGGCGAAGAAGGUUGUCUCCCCCAUCAAAAUACCCACAGGCGUACAGGAAGAAAAAUAAGAGGGGGGCAGACUAACAUCUACCUGAUGUUGAUUGAAAUUACCAGACAAAUACAAAAUGUCUGCAUCAGAAUUUUCCAGUAAUUUCCAGACAUCAUGCAUUUAAGACAUUUUGGCAGCAUUCCACUUGUCUUCCUUUUUCAAUGAUUUUAAUACAUGUGGUGCUUCCCUUUGAUCAUUUGGUCGAUGUAGAAUUGCUCGAUUAGAAUCUGCCCGACUAAACAAAUUAUUGAGGGCUGGGGCCCUCUCUUAUGCCUAUGAGAAUACCAGCAUGUUCCCCAGUAUUCUGACUACAAAUUGAGUCCCCACAGUCUUAUAGAACAUCCUUUAAAUGUCACUUCCUGACAAUUGACCUACACUGCCCUUGAUAAGAAAACGUCAGAUUGAUAGGAAUACAACUACCUGAAAAAUACAAGGAGAAAGUUGCCAAACUUCGCUACCAACUUCCAGACUUCCUUUGCUUAAAACGUCAAAUUUCUCCUUGUAUUUCAUCAGGUAGUUGUAUCCUGAUCAAUCUGUCGAAGCUUUCUUAUUGGCAUUACCAACACUGGUACAGCUGUUCAGGAUGAUCCACUGCCCUUGACCUAUGAUCCUUUGAAAAUUGUAAACUGUUGUGACAACUGAUUAAAGUGUGACUAACCUCAAGUAAGAUUUUUUGUAUGUGUAAUAUUUUGGUCAUUCGAAGAAGAAAUGUAAUAUAUCUUUAUAAUAAAAAAUCCCAUCUUCAUCAACUUUUUCACUGUCAAAGUUUCCGGAUAAGAUAUGUCAUUAGGUGAAUUGCAAAUUAGUUUUCCUUUGUUUUUUGGUAUCAAAAAUUCACCUAAUGACAUCAUAUCUGGAAAAGUUUGGCAGUGAAAAAGUUUACCAAGAUGAGGUUUUUUACUAUAGAGAUAUAUUACAUUUCUUUUUAGAAUGACCCAAAUAUUACACAUACCAAAAAUCAUAUUUCAAGGGUUAGUCGCACUUUAACGCAGGGAACCAGUCUCACCAAGUGACAGACUGACCCAGUACUUAUGGUUCUGGAACAUUCCUUACUGUUCUGAUUACAGGAAGAUGCAGAUGCUGAAUAUCACAAAAAGCAAGAAGAGAAUGAAACAAUGGCUGAUGAAAAAACUGCGAAGAAGCGAGCAAAAAGGUUUGAGUCUUUUUUAAACUCCUGAGGUGCAGAGAAAGACGAUAACAAACAACUUACUGUAUAAAGCACAUCUUUAUCAAGUGCCCAAGCUAUUGCAUGUAGAACUAAUGAGUACUUUAAUGAUUGGACUUAUUUAAUUUUAGACUGAAGAAGAAACAAAAGAAACAAGCUCUUAAGAAAAGUAAACAAGAUAAUGUCAAGGGUAAGAAAUGAAUGGGAAAACAAAGUUUCCUUGGUUUAUAUACCUCUGCAAAACAUGGCUAGGAAACAAUGUUUCCUUGUUUGCCCACCUUUGGGAAACUUGGCUAGGAACUAAGAAACAAUGUUUCCUUGUUUGCUCACCUUCAGGAAACAUGGCUAGGAAACAAUGUUUCCUGGUUUGUCCACCUUUGGGAAAUAUGGCCAAGGAACAUUGUUUCCUGGUUUGUCCACCUUUAGGAAACAUGGCCAAGAAACAAUGUUUUCUGGUCCGACUCACAGACAUUUGCAUAUCAGGAUGUGUUUCUUAUUCCGUAGAUAAUGCCAGUGGAGAAGGAACGAAGGAAAGUUCACAAAAGGAAAAUACACAAAAUGAAAAUACCGAGUCAGAAGAUGACAGCGAUGAAGAAAAGACGUGAAUAGAUUUGGAGAUGAAGCAUUUCACCGUGGAAAAGUUACAGACUACUGCGUGCCAUUAGCAAUACUUUGUGUACUAGAAUUUCUUAUAAAAACUGUUCUUUCAGAGGUUAUGAGACUUUUCCAGUCGUACAGUUAUGAUGACUUAUUGACAUUGAUUUCAAGGUGCAGAAUUUUCAAUUUGACCAAGCAUAUAUACCAACUGAAAAAAGCUAUUAAAGAGUAUUGGCAACAAAAUUUAAGUGUGUUUAGAUUGAAACUGACGAAUAAGUCAUUUCACAAAAUUUUUCUUCGGUUAAAAGAUACUUCGUUUCAUUUGAUAUGCAAUUAAGAUGACGUCCACACUGCCUUUAAAUGUUUAUAUUUUUUGUGUGCAAGGUUAGUCAAUGGAAUCGUCGAUAUAGACUUACUUUGAACAGCGGGCUUUAAGAAUUCUUACCAGCUUGUGACGUCAUAGAUUUAUUUCCCAAAGAAAAGUUGUAAAAUAAGUUAAUGAGUUUUUCUAUCUAAACAGAUUUGAAUUUCAUUGCCAUUACCCUUUGAUUAACUGAAGUACCGCGUUUCGUUCCGAUGCUCUUUUUCACAAAACUCUCACAUUUGCAAUAUUUUCUUGUUCGUACAUGCUUUAAAAUAUUUACCACACUCGGAGUGACGGAGUCUGUAUAAAUCUGUAAAUAAUUACAUACGAAUCUUGAUGUCUUAAAUAAAUGUGUUUGUUUUAAACUGAUAGGCU